UUUUGCAUAAUAAGAAUUAGUUCAUCUCUUUCUAAAAUAUUACAUUUAAUAUUUUCCGAAAAAAAUGAACUCGGUUAUGUCCGUAUGAUGUCACAUUUCGCGGAAUUUAUGCUAAUGAAGUACGAUUGAGAAUGCAAAUGGCUGUCUUUCUACUCAACAACUGCAGAUUUCAGGGAUGUGGGCUGCAGUUUGACACCCUCGGGGACUUAAUACAACAUAUAGAAGACACACAUAUCGACUCUGACCCACAAGUUCUCGAAAAGCAGGAAACUCGACAACCAACUUCACUGGCCCUUAGCUACAUCCUACGAUGUUUCACUGAUGAAGGAAGGCGGGCACAGCUGGAACUGCACAGGAAACAAAGAGAGUUCUACCAGUCUCCAGUUCCCACGCUGAGGAGUGUUACCCCAUCUGGUAGUGAAUUUGAUGAAUAUGAUUCUAACAGUGAUGAGGAGGACAGUGAUGCUCCCUUAACCACACAGGAAUUCUCCGCUGAACUCAUUCUCAGUAUGUUGAAUGGCCGUGAGAGUCCGGGAGACCCGGAGAAACCACUGGCCUGUCCAGUCCCUGGCUGUACCAAACGAUACAAAAACAUCAAUGGCAUGAAAUAUCACGCUCACCACGCUCACAAGAAAGAAAUCAGCCAAAUCAGGAAAGGGACCACAAUCUACAACUGUAGGUAUUGUAGCAAAAACUACAAGACAACAAACGGUCUCCGCAAUCACAUGCUAAACCAGCAUACGCCUUCAGAUGUCAUGGCGUUAAAGCCGAUUCACCUAGCAACGUCAAGUUCAGUGUUUCUGUCGUCCCAGAAGGCACUAGCCAAACAUUUAGAUAAAUCAAACAACGAGUGCAGUGCCAGUGCCAUAUUGUCCGAGUCUUUCGAUACAUCGUGUGAUUCCUCGUUUUCCGUGGACAACAUGACACCAACAGAACUGCCGUCACCCAUAGCAAUUAGAAAAGUACCGAUGCAAAAAAUAAUCAAAGGUGGACUUUCAUUUCAGCAAUCUUGUCUCAACACAAACCCAUUAACAACAAAAAAGAACAAACAUUCUUCAGAGUCGAUGGAGUUUUCUCCAUUUCUUAUUCAAGAUGACGAUGUUCCUAUGGUGAUGUCUCCGGAGAUUGCUGUCGACUUUUAGUACAUUCCGUGACUUCAAACAGCCCCCUCUGUAGCAUGCGCUCUUGUAUUAUAUUGUACCAUUGUGACCUUCCAUUUAUUUUUUCUACUGGGAAAAUUUCACCCUUCUCAUUAAUAUGAAAUAUUGAUUUGCGGCUUAUUAGUUUUGGUAUUGAACAUGGUCGAGAUUAAGACAUGGAUUUACACAGAUGAAAGACGAGUGUUUAACAGGGUGAAAAUUUUCCAGAAUGUAGCUCCAAGGCCUAAAAUAUUAAUUAAGAUGAAAUCCAGCAAGUGUGAUAAAAAUUAUUCUACCUGAUUACCUCCCUUUGAUGUGUUUCCGUACGAAAAGACAUGCUUCUGAUGGUCUGAUAUAUUAUGAUGGUAUACUUAUUAUUUUAUCAUAUAAAAAAAAAUAAUUGUUAGAUUUUGAAGAGUUUUCAGAGAAUUCUUCUUUGAAAAUUUGCAUUGAUCAUGAACACAAAACACAAAAAAAUCACCAGAACAUUUUCCUUAUAAUUCAACCUGCCAAAUCUGUCAUUGUCCAUAUAUUUUCACAUAAAAUAUGAUUUAAAAGAAUUUUAUAUGAAUUAAAAUGGAGAUAGCAAAUUGGAAGUUUGAAGGGGAGAUAAUUGUAAAACGAUUACCAUAAAUAUGAUAAUUAUAUAAUGGAGUUGUCUUUUCUUAUUGUGAUCGGGUACAGAGGUUAGGGGCAUGACUUUGUAUCGAUACCGACCUGAUACUGGCUGGCCAUGUUAAAGGUGUAAUGUAUGGGGCACAUGAAUGCUGGGUAUGAUUGUGUUAGGCCCUGGAGCUCUCUGAUUGGUUGAUGUAGUGCCUUACUAUGUAUAUAUAUAUAUAUAUAUAUAUAUAAGUGUAUUAAUAUGUUUGUGAUGUGAAUAAUCAAAUUUAAAUCAUGCAUAAUAGCUAUAAAUAGAUAUUCUUGUUUCUAGUGCCAAUUCUGUUCAAACAAUCCCCCACUAUGGAAGGGAAACUCAUUACUGUGGUAGGAGGAAUUAUGGAGAAAAAAGUUUUAUUUCUUUUGGUUAAUGAAUAAAUUAUUAUAUUUAUAUAUUUAAAAAUAUACUUUGCCAUCUUUUUGAGGUGGAAAUCAUAAAACAAGAAAAAUUUAAAGGAGAAUAAUGUUUGUUAAAUCAAUGUUGUGUUUUUUCAAAAGCUACUUAAACGUUUGAGGGUAUGUACACAAAUCAUUCAAUAUUGAAAGAGUUACCAGAGACAUAAAUGUUUGGUCUUGGCUUUCAGGAGGAAAAAUGUUGACAAGUUAUUUGAAAGGAAGAAUGUUUUUGGUUCAGUCAGAAUCGAUAGGAAUUCUUUAUUAGCUUAGGCUUGAUGUGUGCUGUCUACAUGUUCGGGAUUAGAGAUUUUUUUUACAAGGCAGUGCUUUGAAUUACAUAGCUGAUUUAAUGAUUGGAAUGGUCAGGAAUAUCUCUUGGUAAAGUGCCUUCAUUGCAGAAAUCAUUCAAACAAGAAAAAAAUUCAGGUGUUUUUUUUUCUGUCACAAAUCAAUAAAAUUUAACUACAUUGUAUCAAAUCACAUUUUUACUGAAAAUAUCAGUCAUUGUUUUCUUUAUCAGUUAAAUUAAUUGUUUUUCAGUGUUUAUUAUCAUUACAAAUGUAGUUACGUGUCAUAAUGACCAUAUUUUAAUAAGUUGGUGAUAAUUUGACGGCUGUUUUACCCGUAAAUUCACCGUAAUAGGAAACGGAUGCAUGCUUUCUUUUUGUCAAAGUUUGAUUGAUAAUUAUUCAAGGACCUUUUACUGAUAUAAAAGAUUUUUCCGAGGUUAUCCUCCCAAACAGUGAUUAUGGAUGGUCGCCUUGAUGGCAAAGAUAGUUGGCCAAGAUUUUUUUCUUUGGCUUCAUGUAAAUAGUAAAGAAUUAAGAAACGGGUAUUUUUUUGCGUGAGAAAGUUAUACAUAAUUGUGCAAUAUAUUGAUGCUACUUCAUUUUUUUUCAUUUUUUUUUCAAUUUUUUUUUUUUGCUGUUGUACCAUUAAAUUCACAUUUUAUUCAUUUUUAUCACUUCAGAAUGAAAAAUACUGAAAAUUAAAAGGAAGCAUGAGUUUUUUGUCUCGCAUGAAUCGUGUAACUGUGUAUGUAUUUUCUGGCCAAUAUUAUCAUUAUUGCUGUUUUAUAGUCGUAUGUAGGUUAUCAUCGUGACCUAACAUGACUUGCUUAGUCUUUGUGAUAUUAUCGUAAACUCAACAUAUCCCAACACCUAUUUAUAGUAACACUGUAUACCAUAUUUAUCCUCCAAUAAGCCCACCCUGUCUUUUGCAGAUCAUUUACAAUGCUAUCGAAUAGAAUUUCACUGUCUUGCAACAAGAUCACUGGGCUUAUAUAUGGUGAAUGUCGUAUUUCCAUUUAGAAAUACCAAAAGUAUACAGCCAUAUCCUUGCCUUAUUUCAUUACACAGUUCUUUUCUUAAUCAUAUUUGAGUUUAAAUGAAGCAUAUUUUAUAUUAUUCGAGUUUUUGGCAGACAUAACUCCAGUAAAUUAUUAUUGGCAGGAAAGCAAACCUGUUAUAUCUAAAGUGAUUGCUAUAUUUAAAUCAUGUUAUACAUAUUAGAAGAAGUUAUGCAGUUUUUCUUGACAAAUAGUUUUUUCCAUUGUUUUAAAUGAAUUACUCAUUUAAAUCCCUGUAAAAACAUUAUGAGGGAACAUUCAUGCAUAAUGGUGUCUGUUUGUCUGUCUGUUUGUCUGUCUUUCUCUCUCUCUACACACAAGAUAGUUCGUGUCUCCGUUCUACUGUUGAUAUAAGUUUAUCUGGACUAUUUUGUGAGCGAACAUAGAUCUCACUGAAACUUUAUUAGUACUAUUAGCAUGCAAAUCAGUUGUUUAAUAUGCAAAUUUAUUUAUAUGUUUUGUGGAGUUAUGGCCCUUUACACAAAAAAAAAUAUGUCCUGCCUUUCUUCAUCUCAAAUUGUGCAAUUAGUUUUCAUCUACGGAGUUACUUCCCUUUAAUAGGACAUCGCUCUCAUUCAGUAGUUCCAGAAUAAUUUUACAUAUAUGUGCAGCAGUUGUUAAUGUAGAUCGAAUUCCGCUCUCUGCAGGAUGUGAUUUUCUGUAAAGCAAACACUUUAUUAUAAUUCUUAGGAGAAUCACACUUUCUAUAUAUUAUCUAGUAAAAAACUGUUAAACGCCUUUGCAUAAUUUCUUUUCAAAUAUCUAACUUCUUGAAAAUAAGAUUCAAUCUCUUUUUGUGUGAUUUCUGAAUGAAAUACGGCUUUCUGUUUAAUUUCUAGACAAAUCACUAUACUUUGUAUGUACAUGUACAUUGUAUAUUCUUUCUAGUCUAUACCAUUUCAUUUGUGGAGAUACAUCUUUGUAUAAUGCAUCAGAUAUUUCUAUCUACAGGUAAAAAAAAAAAAAAUUAUUUACAAAUAACUAAUUUCUGUAUUUCAUCUAGAUAAUUCUAUCUUAACAAAUCACUCUCAUUCAUCACUCAGCAUGUAUUCGACAGAGCAUUUUUUUCUUUUAAGUUGAUAAGUUUUUAAAAAUUGAAAAAAAUGUCCUUCUAGUGUGUAUGGAUGUACAAGAUUAAUAAUACUCUUUGUCAGAUUCAUGUUCUCAAUAUUUGCUUACAUUGUGUCUAUAUACAAUCAUUUUCCACUUUACCACUUUUACUAUUACUAUUGGAUUAUGUAGAAAAAUUUAGUUAAAUAUUAAUAUGAUUACAACAUUAAUGUAUGUUUUAUAUCGUAUAUGCUCCAAUGUAUAUCAUUGUAUCAGAAUCUCAAUCAAAACGUAUUGUAUAAUAUUGUAGAAGUGUCUUAAUUAUAAAGUUGUAAUAAUGAUGUUUUCUGGAUGGACUCUAGCAUUGUUAACAGAUUAUAAGUUAUGUUCUUGAGGUUGUUCAUCCUAUUUUACCUGUAAUAAACCUGUGAUUGGGUUAAGUAUAUAUGCUCCCUUGCUACUAUAUGAGACUCCCUUCCAGGCUUCCUGAAGAGUUCCACACUCAUGUAUAAUGUUUUUAUGAAUAAUUAUUUAAAAUUGUUCAUUAUUGAGUAUUUGAUCACUCACAUGGAAAGCAAAUUAUUCAGGGUUUUUAUUGAGCAGAUAACUCAAACACAAUUCAAGAAAUAAGGAUAAAGAUUGAUUUUUUAAAGGGAGAUAACUCUAACAAUGUAAAUUGUGUAAGGUAGCAUACAUCCUUAACCCUAUCACCCCUACUGACCAUAUUGGAUUUCAAAUGAAGUUUCUUAGGGUUGAAAGGGUUAAAUAUUGCCAAGAUUUCUAUCAGAUAUCUGGAUAUACAGGGUUUUUACGAAAUUUACAUUACGUGCAUAAAUAAGUAAGAAUAGACUGAAACAGUACCUGUAAAAUUUUACUGUCUAUCAGAAGACGACACACCACAGGCUUAUUGCUGGAAAAAUAGGAACAAAAAUCCUGUUGCAAUGAUACUAGGAGAGGCUGUUGAUGUAUAGGUGAUCUGGAUUUUUUCCCCUCGGAGAAGUGAGGUAAAGGCUGUGUUGUUGUAUAUUUGUUUACCCAUGUUAAUUCAAAGCAUAAUGUGUUACAGAAUAUUGUACGAAGUCGUUUUUAGAUGCUUCGUUCUUUAAAUGUGCAAUCGUAAGGAUCAUACUUUUUUGGACUUUCUUUGUUCUCUCAAGCAAGAGUGAUGAUAAUCAAAAAAAAAUGUGUCAUUUGAAAUGUGAGCCAAUGAUUUUUUGUUUUUUGACUUUUCAGUUUGUAUUUGAAAUUUCUGAUAUAGAAGUCAGUAUUUGAUGGAAAGUUAACAUGGAAUAUGAUGCAAUAUAUUGGGAAUUGAUGCAAUUUGUAGGAAUUUGUUGAAUUAUUUAUUUUUCUUAAUCUUUCAAUAAUUUAUAAUUAUGACUAAAUAUUUCCAUUUUUUGUGCCCAAUAAUACCAUGGACUUUAAUAUGGGUGAAUACUUACACAGAUAAAAUUAACAGAAAAGUCAAAG